CUGAUCAUUUAACCGCCACCUGUUAAGAUGGUUCUAAACACUGCCAUGGUUUUGGUGUCAGUAAAGUUAUCUGCCGCAGGAUGUUAUUCAUUUCAGGGGCAUAUGUGCUAUGAGCAAACAACAGCGAGAUAAUUUUAAAGCCACUUACACAGAUGGUAUAAAUACAAGGCUUCAUGGUAAGAUGUUCCACUACUCUUGACUAUUGCAGACCAGAUAGUCCGAUUCUUUAUACACGAGACCAAACUGCAUCAACAUGUCGAACGAAAUUCGUUUGGCACUUCUUGUCGUGGUGGCUGCUUUGACGUCAGCUCAGCGCGAUCUGGACAGCUUCACCCCAGGCCGUCCAGUCGAGGGUGUGGCUCCAGGCAUCAGACCUGUGUCGGCUGGAGUCGAGACCAGACCUCUACCCAGACCUCAGAUUCAGCCAGUGCCUCGACCUCCUCCAGUGCCCUUUCCUCAGCCUUUUCCAGUUGAAACCAAGCCUCUACCCAGACCUCAGGUUCAGCCUGUGUCUCGACCUCCACCAGUGCCUGUUCGUAAGCCUCUUCCAGUUGAAACCACACCCAGACCAUCAAAUGAGACCAAGCCUGCACGUAGCAAGCCUGCACGACAUCGUCCAGUCCCGGCUAUCCUGACUAAGCCUUUCCGUAGACCUAGUAAGCCUGGACGAGGUCGAGGUCGAGGCUAGGCCUCGUUCAGCCCAGACCAAGCCUUUGCCUCGAUUGUCACAGCAGGAAGGGUUUUCUGUUCCUGAUCCCAGCCGCCCCCAGGUUCAGCCCCGACCUUCCGGAUAGUUUUCAUGGGAGACUGACAGCGUCAGGCUCAUGACGCGCCAAGCGGUAGUUGUCCUGAGUCCUGACCGCUCAAUCAUCGUUAAGAGAUUUUAAUAAUAUGCGUUAAAAAAUUACUUUUUAAAGAAAACACUUCUUAAGAGGCCAGUAUCUUCGAUGUUACACGUGUACAAUGAUUUUUUAUUUUAUUU